UGACCCGGCGCUGCUGCCGUGCGCCCGCCAUAGGCUUCGUUCUUGCCUAUUGUCCUUGGCCCUCCAGGAUCAAGCGUAGCCCCAAUGCACUUCACCAUGCACAUUCCAUCAACGGACGACGUGAAGGACGGCGUGCAUACGAAGCUCGUCGCGCCCGUGCGCGGGUGGGCCCACCGCCUUCGGCACGCGUUUGACUCCAAGGAGGCCUUCCUGGCGUACAUCCACACGGAAGGCAACACGCACCAGGCGCACUCGUGGAUCAAUGAGGACCUGAAGCCGUCCCCACCUGCCCAGGUGAAUUGGCGGUGGUACAACUUCUGCAUUUUCUGGUUCGGAAUGGGCUUCGGUAACUGGACUCUUGGGUCGAGUUUGGUUGACAGCGGUCUGUCAUGGUGGCAGGCGACGAUCUGUGUCUGGAUCGCUGCGGCGGUGGCUGGGACGUGUAUGGCGCUCAACUCACGCGCCGCGGCGAACUACCAUGUAGGCUACCCCGUCAUUUUGCGAACCUGCUUCGGCAUGUACGGCCACUAUUGGCCCGUGCUAGCUCGCGGUGUCUGUGCUUGCCUUUGGGUGUCCGUCAUCACAUUCCAAGGUGGCGCGUUUAUCUCCACGAUGAUCAACUGCGUCGUCGGGAAUGGUUGGAACAACCUCUCAGUCUCCUUCCCUGAGUCCGUCGGCUGCACGGUUCAGCGGUUCGUUGGCUUCCUCAUCUUCUGGGCGUUCGUUCUCCCGUUCUGCUCGCUCCGUCCGACGCGCCUCAAGUGGCUGUACAACUUCAAGGCGUGGAUCCUCCCACCGAGCGUCCUGGGCCUGCUCAUCUACUGUCUUGUACAGAGCAAGGGCAAGCUCGCCAGCACGGCGGCUCUCGCGGGUACGGACGCGAGCAAGCUUCCAAAGGGCGCAACUCUGGCGUGGCUGAUGGUCAGUUCGAUCAACUCGUGCAUGGGGAACUGGUCGACGUUCAUUGCCAACAUGCCCGACUUCUCGCGUUACUCCAACAGUCCGAACGCUGUGCUCUGGACGCACGUCCUCUUCGUACCGUUCCCUGCGGCCAUUGGCGGGAUGAUUGGCAUAUUCGGUACCGCCGCGCUCCAGCAAGCAUGGGGCAUCACGCUAUGGAACCAAUGGGACGUCUACGACGCGAUGCUAGAGCACUCGUUCACGGGCCCCAUGCGCUUCUUCGUUUUCCUGCUUGCCUUCUGCUCACUGCUGUUCAACUUCGGUUCGCUCCUCGGCGCGAAUCUGCUCCCCUUCGGCUCAGACAUCACCGCGCUCUUCCCGACCGUCUUCAACAUCUCGCGCGGGAUGUGGUUCUGCGGGACGAUCGCGCUCGCGCUGCAGCCGUGGAAGAUCCUCGCGUCGAGCAACGGCUUCCUCGCGUUCCUCGGCGGGUACGGCAUCUUCAUGGGCCCUGCCGCGGCGAUCAUGAUCACGGACUACUGGUUCGUGCGCCGCGGCAACAUCGCCAUCAUGGAUGCGUACUCGUCCGAGAAGGGCGCGACGUACAUGUACUCCCACGGCUUCAACCUCAACGCGUGCGUUGCGUACUUUUGCGGCAUGAUGCUUCCGUUCGUUGGCUUUGUCGGCACGUUCGGCUUGUCGGUGCCCGAGAACGCGACCAAAAUCGACGAGCUCGGCUGGUACGUCUCCGCGGUCACUGCGGGCGUGCUUUACGUCAUCAUCUGCAAGAUUCGCCCGCUGAGCAACAUCGAUCCGAGCAUGCCCUUCGAGCAGAUGGCUCACGAGUUUGCCGAGCAGCGCGCGAUUGACGAGCGUGCACGUCUCGCGGGCGAGGAGGCCAGUGUCGAGACAGAUGAGAAGGUGGUCGAGGAUGGUGGGAAGGAGUAUGACGUGGCUGUCUUGGAGGUGUGAGUUGAUCUGGGGAUAUGUGUUUCACGUUUGCCUAUCUAUAGGUACUACGUGCAUGAAAUUUCACGAGUAUAGGUCUGCUAGGAUCGAGACAUACGAUAUGCGAAACUUGUACUUAUACACUGAGUUAUAGAGCUACUGUAUACGACAGACAAUAGAUGUUCGGGAUACUUGAUUUACCCCCGGGUGCCCCCCAGAA